AGGUGUUUACCUGGUACUUAGGUGAGUCGUCUGCAGUGGCGGUUUCGGUCUAAGCCUCCCGCCUCUUCUCUCGGAGCGUUCCUCAAGCCUCGAAGGCACGGAGGGGCCCCAGACCAAAGGCGGUGGGCUCCCCAGCCCGGGUCCCGCCUCCGUGCGGCUGCUGGCGCCCCCCGCCCACACCCCCAAAGGCAGCGCCGAAGUCGUCCCGGGUCGCGGCGACAUGCCCGAGCUGGUGGUGACAGCGCUACUGGCGCCGUCGCGCCUCACUCUGAAGCUGCUGCGCGCCUUCAUGUGGAGCCUCGUGUUCGCCGCCGCGCUGGUGGCCGCCGCCGUCUAUGGCUGCAUGGCGUUCACACACGUGCUGUGCCGGCCCCGGCGCGGCUGCUGCGGGCGCCCCCGGAGCACCCCACCCGCCUGUUUGAGCGACCCCACCCUGGGCGAACACUGCUUCCUGACCCUGAAGAGCUCGGGCCUGCGCCUGCACUAUGUCUCCGCCGGCCAUGGCAAUGGGCCCCUCAUGCUGUUUCUGCACGGCUUCCCAGAGAACUGGUUCUCCUGGCGCUACCAGCUUUGGGAGUUCCAGAGCCGCUUCCACGUGGUGGCUGUGGACCUACGGGGAUAUGGCUCCUCAGACGCUCCUCAGGAUGUAGACUGUUACACCAUGGACCUGCUGAUGACGGACAUCCAGGAUGUCAUCCUGGGCCUGGGUUAUUCCAAGUGUAUCCUGGUAGCCCAUGACUGGGGUGCGCUCCUCGCCUGGAAUUUCUCCAUCUACUACCCGUCCCUGGUCGAGCGGAUGGUAAUUGUCAGCGCUGCCCCCAUGUCUGUGUACCAAGACUACUCUAUACGCCACAUCGGCCAGUUCUUCCGUUCCAACUAUAUAUUCCUGUUCCAGCUUCCCUGGCUGCCUGAGAAAUUACUGUCCAUGUCUGACUUCCAGAUCCUGAAGACCACCCUCACACACCGCAAGAGAGGCAUCCCACACUUAACCCCCAACGAGCUCGAGGCCUUCCUUUAUGACUUCUCACAGCCUGGUGGUCUCACUGGGCCCCUCAACUAUUACCGAAACCUCUUCAGGAACUUCCCCCUGGAGCCCCAGGAGCUGGCCACACCCACACUCCUGCUGUGGGGAGCGAAGGACACCUACUUCGAUCAGGGGCUGGUGGGAGCCAUCAGCAGUCGCUUUGUGCCGGGCCGGCUGGAGGCCCACAUCCUGCCGGGCAUGGGGCACUGGAUUCCACAGAGCAACCCCAGGGAGAUGCACGAGUACAUGUGGGCCUUCUUGCGAGACCUGCUGGACUAGUGGCCCUCGCUUGCUGGC